CGCCAUGAACCCCCUGACCAAGGUGAAGCUGAUCAAUGAGCUGAACGCGCGGGAGGCGGAGCUGGGCGUGCAGGAGGCGGUGUCGUGGCACGCGGAAUACAAGGACAGCGCUUGGAUCUUUGUGGGCGGGCUGCACUACCAGCUGACGGAGGGCGAUGUCAUCUGCGUGUUCUCGCAGUACGGCGAGGUCGUCAACAUCAACCUCGUGCGGGACAAGAAGACCGGGAAAUCCAAGGGCUUCUGCUUCCUGUGCUAUGAGGACCAGAGAAGCACCAUCCUGGCUGUGGAUAACUUCAAUGGGAUCAAGAUCAAGGGCCGGACCAUCCGUGUGGACCAUGUGGCCAACUACCGGCCCCCCAAGGAGUCCGAGGACUGGGAUGAGGUGACCAGAGCCCUCCAUGCCAAGGGCUGCGGGGUCAAAACGCCACCUCACACCUCGUCCGACUCCCCGUCUGAGGAUGAGGAUGUGCCCGUGAAAAAGCAGAAAGUUCCAGAGAAGCAGCGGAGCAGAGCAGAGCGGUCCAGGCCGAGCCCGCCAGCUGGGAAGAGGGUGAGCACGGAGGAGCCUCACCCCAGGAUCAAGAUCAAGAAGGAGAAGGAGGACCCCGGGUACGAGCGCUACGCUGGCGGGAGCGCCGGGAGCAGGACACAGCGGGACGAGGAACGGCGGCACCAGCGGCACUCGGACAGGAGGGGGGACAAGAACUGCCACGAGCAGAGGGGCCAGGGCGGCUCCUGGGAGGAGCCUGGCAGGAGGGGAGACGGACACAGCAGCCGGCAGGACGUGUCCCCCAGGGGAGGCAGAUCCCGGGAGUCCCAUUCCAGGCACAGGGAACGGGGCUCUGGCAGAGACAGAGACAGAGACUCGGGUCGCUGCUGAGCCCUGGGUGAGCGUGUGGGGUGAGCCUGCCCACGCCUGCUCCGAGCUCCUGGGCUGCCACAGCUGGCCCUGUCACCUGGGAGCUCCCCCUUGCCUCUCAUCCCACCCCGGGCCAGGGCUCUCCACGCUGCCCGUGCUGCUGGCUGGGACGGGGGUUUAUCCUUCAACCAUGGAGGGUGUGAAGCGGUGAAGGCUGGGAGCAGCAGGAUGCUCCCUUCCCUCAAUCCCUGGGGAAUGUCCCCCUCUUGCACUGAGGCAGAGGCUGCUCAGUGUCUUGUGUGGCCUCGUGGGCCAGGUCUGGGCCCUGUGCCCACCCAGCAUCUUCUGGA